UACAAAUACAGUUAUUUGACGUUUGGUUAAAAAUAAAAAUUGCAUCUGGCAACUUUGAAUUCGGCGGGCAGACAAGCGACGGUCUUUGGCUUCGGUCGGCCAUUUUCUAUUUGACUGUCUCCCUUCGCUCACGGUUCAACAAUGGCGGACGCAGCUCCAGCCGGUGGACGUGGCGGUUUCCGCGGUGGUUUUGGUUCACGUGGUGGUGAUAGAGGCCGUGGUGGCCCACGUGGUCGUGGACGCGGUCGAGGUCGCGGUCGCGGGCGCGGCAAGGAAGAUCAGAAAGAAUGGGUGCCCGUAACUAAACUUGGUCGUCUUGUUCGGGAGGGCAAAAUCGACAAACUUGAGAGUAUCUACCUGUUCUCUUUGCCAAUUAAGGAGUUUGAAAUUAUAGAUUUCUUCCUUGGUCCGUCUCUCAACGAUGAAGUCUUGAAAAUCAUGCCUGUACAAAAACAAACUCGUGCUGGUCAGCGUACGCGUUUCAAGGCAUUUGUGGCUAUUGGAGAUAACAAUGGGCAUAUUGGCUUGGGUGUAAAGUGCAGCAAAGAAGUUGCUACUGCGAUUCGAGGUGCAAUCAUCCUUGCCAAGCUAUCAGUCCUGCCAGUGCGUAGAGGAUAUUGGGGUAACAAGAUUGGAAAGCCUCAUACAGUGCCUUGCAAGGUAACUGGUAAAUGUGGUUCUGUCACUGUCAGGCUGAUCCCUGCUCCCCGUGGUACUGGCAUUGUAUCUGCUCCAGUCCCUAAGAAGUUGCUUCAAAUGGCGGGAGUACAAGACUGUUACACAUCAGCUCGUGGCUCCACUGGUACACUAGGCAAUUUUGCUAAAGCUACCUAUGCUGCUAUUGCCAAGACUUAUGCAUACCUCACUCCCGAUUUAUGGCGAGAUAUCCCAUUGACUAAGUCACCAUACUCGGAAUUCAAAGUUUAAGAACAUCUCAAUGUUAAAUGUAAUUAAACAAAUUUAACAUU